AAUCGACUUUAAUCAACGUGUACUGAGGUUUUGAUCUAACAAAUUAUCUGUUAACUACCGUACAUUUGGGACGAUUCGACUCCGGUGAUAAUGAACUAAUCUGAUUUCUUCAAACAGACAUGAAUGGUAGUUAUACAGCAGCGAUAUCCAGCCCUAGACGUCUAAAUCAUGUUGAAAUAUUUGCUCUUAAAGUGUUCUUUCAAAAAAUUGAAACAAUUGAGCAAAUGAGAGAGAUUCUUGAAAUGUUUAAAAACAGAUGUCUUAUAAGCGAAGAGUUUUACGAUCUUCUCUGUGAAUUUCAUUUUCACGUAGAAAGUAGUAUAGAACAUCUGAGUACUAUCAUAACUCAGUACAUAUUGAGUAAUAGAACAUUUACUUAUGGCCUGUAUUAUGUCAUUUUUGUUAUAUACCACUCUGAUGAAAAGGAGUUGGCUUAUAGACUCUUCAAUAUUUAUCAAAAUAUAAUAAUGCAUGAAAUACCAACAAAGGUGCAAAAAAAGGAUGCAUCAAGCAGAAGAAAGAUUCAAAUUUAUUCAGAAUCCAUGAAGAAAAACAUCCAAGACAUGAUGUUCAAUAAUCCCGAAGAACAUUUCAGAAAUCUCUCUGUGAAAUUUCGGGGAGAAAUUAACAGAUUGCUUCUUUUACCUACAACCACUGAUAUGACAGAAAUUUGUGACAAAUAUUUUGUGUUUUUAACUCUCACAAUGGAUUCCAUUGCAAACAAGACUAACGCUAUCGACCCCAAUGACCAACUUUUUCAAGAUAUGGAGUCCAUUUCGACUAUGACGUCAUGCCCUGACCUGUCUCUGUGCAUGCUUUACGGUAGAAAGGCCGUUGUCUUCUCGUUUGCUGACCAAAAAUCUGAGGGAGACGAAAUUGUUAAGGAAGCAUUGGUGUGUGCAAACAGAGUUUCCGGUUGUUUGGAAAUAGUCGAUACGCUAUAUAAAAUCAUUCUUUACCUCAGAGCAUGGUAUGAAUCCUUCCCUCAAAUAAUAACCAAUGAAAUAUAUAUUCAUUUCACACAGGCGAUCCAUAUAUUAGAAAACGAACCUGAUGAUAUCAGAUUAUUCUGGACAAGGAGAUUUACUUUUCGUUUACUGUUUUGUUACUUGGGUUUAGGAAUGCGAUGUCGAUUUAUAAAACGAUACAGAUGUUCUUGCGCUGUCAUGAAAGAGGCAGAGAGACAGAUACAAAUAUACGACUCCCCCGAUGCCGAGCUUCGAGUACAAAUGUAUUUUGCUAUAGCUAAAUCUCGGUUGUGUCAUUUAAAGGGAGACAUUGACAAAGCUCUAGAGCAUAUACAAUUGGCAAAGAGCAUUGCGAAAAAAGGAAAGUGUUGUGAGCUAAAAAUUAUUUUAAAGACAGAAAAAGAUUUACUUUUGCCAGACACUGCGAAAUUGUUUGUGGAAGAAGAGAGCAGCGAUUCUGAAAAUGUUGCUUGUCACUGUAUUCCAGAACCCAUCCAUCUUCCCAAAUCCUUUCAUUGUCAGUAUCAAUAUGUAGAAUUGACAAAUUUUCCUGAACACCCUUCGCCUGUUUCGAUCUCCAGCGGAGAAGGAGAUAUCAACAAUGUGUCUGAAAACGCUAGAACCGAUGAAUGGGAAGAAAACACUAACGAAGGGCCUCCUAGGACCCACGGUGUUUCACAGGAAGUUGUUCACAUUAGGUCAUCAAAAAUCGAUUAGAUUAGAGAACAAUGUUAUCAAAGUCCGUCUUUGUGAAGGACAUCCCUGUCUCAUCCCUACUUUGAUAGUUUUAGGGUCUCAAAUUUGGAUCUGGUUUUUAAAACACAGAGUAUGAAAUGGAUUUAAUCCCAUUUCAUUCAGCUGAAUAUCUGAUUAACAGUUUUUCGUCAAUGAUGAAUUGUAUAAUUUUUAUUUUAAACCUAGUAUCUAAAUUAUUUAAAUUGUGUG